GCGCACGCAGGCGCAGAGGCCGCCGGCCGAGCUGCACCUUGUCCUCCUCUUCCGGCUUCCUCCACUUUGUCCCGGACCCGGGGCUCGGCUGCAGGUGGCCCUUUCCCCAAGCCUAGUGGGCGGUGGCAGGCGACAUGGAGAACAGUCGGGGCACCGAGCAGAGCGUGACUGAGGAGCCCCAGGCGGCCGAGGGGCAGGCCGAGCGCAUCACCCCGCAGACGCCCCAGCCAGAAGAGGGGCAGCUGCUUUAUCACGAGGAAACCAUUGAUCUCGGUGGGGACGACUUUGGGUCUGAGGGGAAUGAGACCGUGUCAGAAGACUCUAAUUUCGUGGAUAAGCUUAAUGAGCACAUGAUGGAGAGUGUCCUCAUUUCUGACUCUCCUAAUAAUAGUGAAGAUGACGCGGGUGACCUUGGGGGUUUGCAGGAUGUCGCGGCGCCUGAGGAGGGCAGCGCAGGCCACAGACUGGAAAAUGUCCCGGAUACAGGAGCACUUGACACUCUGGGUAAUGACAGUGCGAGUGAUGGGGAUGAGACACCUAAAGACCUCUCUGACAUGACCCCUGACAGCAGAGCGUCCUUGAAGGGAGACCCGGAGCAAGAAGGAGAAGGCGAGCCCGCCUUUGAGAACGAAGGUGCAGAGGACUCGGGCCCCAGGGACGCGGGCGCCCUCCCAGGGGGCCAGGGAGCAGCCCGGUCCUCCAGGCAGCCCUCUCCCGGAGAGGAGUCCGUGCCUGUGUGCACCAUCUUCAGCCAGUCCCAGCCCGCUAUCGCCCAGACACCCCUCUUUCUGCCAGAUGGCUUCGAGUCUCAGAUGGUGAAGUCGCCUAGUUUCAGCAGCGCCAGCCAGCCGGCCGCCCAGAGCCCCCCUCAGGUGGUCCAGCCAAGCCCGAGCCUCAGUACAUUUUUUGCAGACACGACCAACACCAAUUCCUUGGCCUCGGACUUCUUUGAUUCGUUCACAACUUCCACUUUCAUUUCCGUCAGUAAUCCCAACGCAAGCUCUUCAGUUCCAGAAAAAUUGUCUUCCCUUGCUACUCUGGGGGGAGAGAAUGCCCCAGGUUCUACAGACCCUUCUUACUCCCCAGAGGUCGAAAGAUCAGAACCGGGUGUUUGCAUGUCUCCUCUGGAAUGUCCUCAGUCUCCAAAGCCCUUUUCACAGAUCCAGGCCGUGUUCGCAGGCACGGAGGACCCCUUCGCCACCGCCCUGAGCAUGAGUGAGAUGGACCGGCGGAGUGACGCCUGGCUUCCCGGGGAGGGCACCAGGGCCGUCCUGAGUGCAGUGGCAGCCCAGCAGUACAGCACGCUGUUUGUGGACAAGGAGAAGCUCACCAUGCCGGGCCUCAAGUUUGACAACAUCCAGGGAGAUGCGGUUAAAGACUUACUGCUGCGCUUCCUGGGUGAAAAGGCCGCUGCAAAAAGGCGGGUCUCAAAUGCCAACUCGGUGGAGCAGUCUUUCGUGGGACUGAAACAGCUCAUCAGCUGCAAAAACUGGAGGGCAGCGGUGGACCUCUGUGGGCGCCUUCUCACCGCCCACGGCCAAGGCUACGGCAAGAGCGGCCUGCCCACCAGCCACACCGCGGACUCACUGCAGCUGUGGUUUGUGCGGCUGGCGCUCCUGGUGAAGCUGGGCCUGUUCCAGAACGCGGAGGUGGAGUUUGAGCCCUUUGGGGACCUGGACCAGCCGGACCUUUACUACGAAUACUACCCUCACGUGUACCCCGGCCGCAGGGGCUCCAUGGUGCCCUUCUCCAUGCGGAUCCUGCAUGCGGAGCUGCAGCAGUACCUGGGGAACCCCCAAGAGUCGCUGGACAGGCUGCACCGAGUGAAGGCCGUCUGCAGCCAGAUCCUGGCACACCUGGAACAAGGCCUGGCUGAGGACGGGAGCAAGAGCAGCGUCACCCAGGAGAACAGACAAGCCUCUGUGCAGCUGUGGAGGUCCCGCCUGGGCCGUGUGACGUGCUCCAUGGCCAACUGCCUACUGCUGAUGAAGGACUACGUGCUGGCUGUGGGUGCCUACCGCUCCGUCAUCCAGUGUCACCCCGAGCAGGAGCCGCAGCUGCUCAGUGGUAUCGGCCGCAUCUUCCUUCAGAUUGGAGACAUAAAAACAGCUGAAAAGUAUUUUCAAGAUGUGGAGAAAGUAACCCAGAAAUUGGAUGGACCGCAGGGGAAAAUAAUGGUUUUAAUGAACAGAGCUUUCCUUCACCUCGGCCAGAAUAACUUCGAAGAAGCCCACAGGUUCUUCACAGAAAUUUUAAGGAUUGAACCAACAAACGCAGUGGCGAACAACAACGCGGCCGUGUGCCUGCUGUACCUGGGUCGCCUCAAGGACUCCCUGCGGCAGCUGGAGGCCAUGGUACAGCAGGAUCCCGGGCACUACCUGCACGAGAGCGUGCUCUUCAACCUGACCACCAUGUACGAGCUGGAGUCCUCGCGCAGCGCACAGAAGAAGCAGGCCCUGCUCGAGGCGGUCGCCAGCAAGGAGGGGGACAGCUUCAACACGCAGUGCCUCAAGCUGGCCUAGGCCUGCCCCGCAGCCAUCACAGGGACACCAGUGACAGUUCUGUGAUCGGAGCCAGGGCCACGCUGCUCAACAGGCAGCUGGACCCCGCGGCUCAGUGUGUGUGGCUGCAGGGGCGCAUGUGCCGUGAGGACGGUGGUCGCGACGGAGGAAUCCCCAGACGCACUGUCCCUGCUGUGUAUUCCUGGGAGCAGAAUAUCGUCCGAGCAAAGCCGUCAGCUCCCCACACGCUCUGUAAUGUAAAUCAUCCUCAGCCUGUCUGAGCGCCUGCAGCGUUUAUAAACGUGGAGAGGCUCUGAGUGAAGUGCCUCUCCCCACCUCCCCCCCACAUCCCAGCACUGAGUGCAUCUCCUUUACUCGUCUGCUUCCUUUUCAGCCUGUGAACACCCUCACAAGCCUGGUGAUGGGGACAGAGCCCCCCGUCGCUUCCCGUUUUCCCUGCAUCACGGGCACAGCGUGCGCUUAGGGGGUGAGUCCAACAGCAGAGGCGAGGGCACAGACAGCGGCCUUCAGUGGCCACCAUCCUUCACGUCUGGACGUUGGGACUUGUUCCUACUCUUACCAAACCUGCACCCCUGAGAACGUCUUCCCUUCCUUGGGAAAGGCUGGCAGGGUCCUUUCGGUCGCUACUCUUCUAGUGCAGUCAAGAUUAGAACUCAGGUGAAAGGCUGUGGUAUAAACAUCUAGUGCAGAAGUAAAGCGAGCUAUAUUUCUGUUCGUUUGUAAUAAAGUCAAAACACCAACACAUACCGGGCAGACGACCUCAACAGUUACUGAAAUACAGAUUUAUUACACACUAAAAUCGGAGAAAGGGAUGAGACGGCCAUGACUAUUGAAUACCGAGGAGGUUCUAAAACCUCUCCAGGGAGAGAAAAAUAAAACUUGUGUGUUUCAGUUGCCGCAAAAAUCUGAUGUCAUUUGAAUUCCCCAUUCCAAUGUUUUCCUUCAGAUCUGGCUUUGGCGGGUGGAUGAGACUCAGCCUCCACCUUGAACUUUGCCCGAGGCCACAGAGGUGUCUGUCCCCAGAAACCUGCGUUUCCAGGUCUGUGGGUGAGAACAGUCCCCUGUCAGUUGUGCAUAAAAGCAGGUGAUACCGCACGGGCUCCUGGGACAGAGCCAGGCAAGCUGGAGACAGGACUCAAGGUUCCCCAGUGAACUGGGGUUUGCAUCCCCAGACGUGCGCAGGACGGCUCUCACAGUGCUGACGUGGUCUCCCCAAUACCCAACCCUGCGGCCUAGGCCCCGAGGUGGCCCUGGCACUCGCUUGGCUUCGGGCACACGUGCAGGUGAUGCUGGCAGGACCUCUGCUGGGCCAGGGCUGCAGGUCCUGCUCUGACCAGGAACCACCCAGUUCAGGGGGGACGCAGGACCCAGGAUGUCCUGCCUGGGACAGUGAAGAGCCUGGAUGGUGGGAACCAGGUUACCCGGUUUUCUGGCCCGGGAGCUCGUAAGCACCACAUGGUCAGUCAGUGUGCCAGGGCCACCAGGAUGUCCUGGCCUCCACCACUGAAUGUGCUCCAGGCCAUACCUGAGCCCUGGAUUCUGGUCUCAUCCUGUGUGGGUUGGGGGGCCAGGAAUAGCCAAGGUCAGGAGGAAAGGGCCAAAAGUGGAUUUAAUUCAACUGAAGAACAGAAGCGUGGACAUUUCGUGCAGGCCUGAGCGUGGAUCAGACUGCGCCCUCCCCAGCAGGUAGCCCUGGGCUGCUGUCUCCCAGAGCUGCGUCCUCAGCAUACAACUAAGGCCCUCACGUCCGAGUCUCCAGGGAGUCCCAGAGCCUCUGAAGGGCAGACCCAGCUCCAGCGGCUCGUCCACAUUCAGUCUCCCUAACACCUCUUGAAUAAAAACAGAACAAACACCGCUCCCGGGAAGGGCCCAGAGCAAACCACACGUGCUCCUGGCAGCACUGGAGGGUCCAGAGGCCCCAGGAAGCCAAGCCAUCAAUCCUGUCCAGUCCCCGUAACGGCGGGCGUUUGUAAAGAUCUGCACGUUAAAAAGCCGUGAGACGAUUCUUAUCAACCAUUGUUACAAUCACGGAUGAUAAAGUAUCUCUUGCUCGUUCAGGAGCAAUCUCACUUUCUCAUGUUUCUCACCCUGAUUGUUACAGGAAAAGCAACCAGACUCCAAUUUCUCCAACCUCGGCAUCUGCUGCAUAAAUGCUACUUCAGCAUGUUCUGUGUUUUUUUUAGGGAACACAGUACUGUUCAAAUAAAAAUGUUACGAGGUGACUACUUCUAUAACUACGUUUAUAACUUCACAAACUCAUUGAGCCGUUAAACGAGGCAGAGAGCACCUUGCCACUGGACAAAAGAACAACCUGCAGCUGCAGUCACGCUUGCCCUGGGCUGGUCCCUCUGCUUAUCUGAAUUGUGCAUGUCUUCAUGGGCGUGCCAUCUCCAUGAAGUCCUGUGGGGUCGGCCUUGCAGGAGGUGACACACCACGCUCUGAAGGCCCCUCUCCCCACAGACUUACAGGACACACUGGAGAAACAAGACCAUGAUCACAGCCCUCCCCCCGCCCAGCCCCCACUUUGCUCACUGAGUC